UCACCGUGCAUUGUCAGUUAUUUCUUCAUUUCAAAUAACUGAAAUUUUUCCGCAAUGAGUAUGUUAUAUAACUGUGGUUUGUGCUGUAUGUUAAUAAGUGCUUGGGGAGUUGUCCAGCUGAUUUUAAUGGGAAUACUGUAUAAGAUAGAAUGCAUUACGUUGUUAGAAGAUGUCGAGGCAGAAGAAUAUGUUGACUAUGACGACUUUAUUAAAAAAACUCAAGAAAAUUACAGUUUGGUGGGUUUAAACUGCUUGAUCGCUGCUGGAAUUUACGUUGUAAUGAUUCUGUUAUCCUGGCUCUGCAUGCACCAAGCACAACGUAAAGAACUAAUGCAAAGAAAGAAAUCCGACGAUGACGAGUGGUAUUGUGAAAAUAAGUCCAAGGUUAUUUAAGAAUGGAUAUUCAAAUAUUAUAU